CGCGAAACUUUUGAUUAAUUAAAAGUAAAACAAAAAGCCGAGAGCCAACCAACAACUGACUUCUGGCGAACCACAAAAAACACACAACGAGAGUCCUGAAACUCACCCAUCAACAGAAAAAAACUUCUCCUCCAGUAAGCUAAGCAAAAAAAAAAAAGAAAAGAAAAACCAGAUAGAAAAAAAUUAAACUUUGACAGAACAUUAACAUCGAAAUGGAAUUGGCCAUCAGAUUUGUCAAUCCGCAGUUAGCUCGCAACAACAACUACAACAGCAACAACGGCAACACUUACACCAGCAAUAGCCAACAACUAAUUACCAGCAGUAACUACAACAGCAACAAUUGCAAGAUCAACUACAACGACGAGAAUAUCAAUCCCAACAUCAAUAGUGACAACAAUAUAACAACGAUAAGAGCAGCACAAAGUGCAACAACCACCGGCAACAACCAAUCAGCAGCAGCAGCAGCAGCAGCAACAGCAGCAGCAGCACUUACUUGCAACAACUUUGUAUCGGCAACAACUAAGCGAAAUGCAGCAGCAGCAUCAACCAUCCAUCGAUCAGCUGACCGAGCCCAUUGCUUCGACCAGCGCUGCAGCGGCAAUUAGGCAGGCGGCUGCAACAGCAACACCAGCAACAACAUCGUCAACAACCAACAACUUCCACCAGCAACUGCAAGCAACAACGGCAGCAACCAUGCAACGUCUGCGUACAACAUUCACGCGAUCGCGCACUCCCACAGGAGCCGAAAUGAAGAUGCAGAACAGCCUAGAGGUGCCCAAGCAGGUAAAAAAGGUGCGCUCAGCAUCCUUCGACGAGAUGCAACUGGAGUCGCAGCGGGCCUCCUCCAGCCUGCUCAAGCAGCAAUCCUCAUCUUCGGCUUCGGCAGAUGAACGCUCCUCGGAAGCCGGCUUCUUGCAGGUUCCUUUGGCGGCUCACCAACAGCGAUCCCAUAGCUUCGACUCGGCAACUGCCUCGGGAGGCAGCGAUGAUUCCGGCACCUUUUUGGAGGUCCCAAGGCGGCUAAAGGUUCGCCGCACUUCGUCCACCAAGACACCACCGCCGUGCAUCCAUUGUCACUAUCUGGAGGAGUACGAGCGCCGGAUGACGGCCGACCAGCGCUACUUUAUCGAUCAUCGCGAGCUGACGGCCCUCAGCUACAGCAACACCAGCUCGGAGGCCAGCGAGGACGAGGAUGAGGACGAAGAAGAGGGGGAGGGUAGCACGGCCAUUGAGGAUGCCGAAGAGGAGACCACCGAGGCUGCCACCGAGGAGGCGGAUGAAGACCCCCGCACCGAGGUGGAGUCCGAGCACGAUCACGAUCCGGAUGAUGAUGCUGCUCUGGAGAUGGACAUACGCAUUGGCAACAUGAGCAGCCAGGGGAGCAGCAUCGAGGAGUCGCGUGCCCGUCUGCCACGCCAAAUGAGGCGUCACACCAUCGGCAGCAGCUCGGUGACCUCGGCCUCCGAGGAUGAGGGCUUGGAGGGAUCGGACAAUGGAUCGCCCCACUUUGGCAACACCUUGUUGCCACCACAGCCGGCCACGCCGUGCGGCAUAACCUUUACGCUGAGUCCAACAAACGGGGAUUAUCCAUCACCACCGCAUCUCCCACUGGAUCCGGGCUCGCCGCCCAUGUCGCCAUGCUCCUCCCACUCGGGACGAAUGCCAGCUCUGGCCCCGACCAUUUCAACACCCUGUUCCUCCGCCGAUGCUGAGGAUGCCGGGGCAGCCAUGGGUCUCCCGGUGCGGGCCAGACGUCGGUCGAUUUCGCGACAGGAGGCAAUAUUUGUGGAGCCCACCGGCAACUCAUUGGAGAAUGUCUCGCACGAGGAGGUUGACAACAGCAACACCAACACCAAGUCAUCGGUGGAUACGGCUGAUUCGCUGGAAGAGGCUUCGACAAUGGCCACAUGCGGAUCCCCAGGAGCCGUUGGUGGCGUAGGAGCAUCAUCGUCGAGUCAUCAUAGCGCCUUCGUGGUGCGGGAUAUCUACCUAAUGGUGCCGGACUUGAAGCGAGAUCGCGCCGCUUCCGUGGAUUCGUGCUUCUCCAAGCUGUCGUCGAACGCCAAAACGGAGGAGCUGCAGCCUAGUGCCGACGGGUGCUUCCUCACCGUACCGAACAUCAAUGCCACCAGGUCGCGAUCCGUGGACAUCGUUCUACCAACCGACGAGCAGGCCAGGUACAAGGCCUUGUCCAUGACCGGAUCCACCGUCACUUACGCAGAUGGGCGUACCGCUUCCGCCAGCAAUUCCCGGAGACCCAUAAGGAUUGUGCCCGACUGGACUGAGAAUGCGGUGCAGGGCGAGCACUACUGGAAGCCCACCUCGGCCUCCGGCGAUCUUUGCUGCCUGAAUGAGGAGUGCAUUAAAAGCGGUCAGCGGAUGAAGUGCUCCGCCUGCCAGCUGGUUGCGCACCACAACUGCAUUCCCUUCGUGAACGAGAAGAGCACCCUGGCCUGCAAGCCGACCUACCGGGACGUGGGCAUCCGGCAGUACCGGGAGCAGACCACCACCCACCACCACUGGGUGCACCGCAAGCUGGAGAAGGGCAAGUGCAAGCAGUGCGGCAAGUUCUUUCCUAUGAAGCAGGCGGUGCAAAGCAAGCUUUUUGGGUCGAAGGAGAUUGUGGCGUUGGCCUGUGCCUGGUGCCACGAGGUCUACCACAACAAGGAGGCCUGUUUUAACCAGUCCAAAAUCGGCGAGGAGUGUCGUCUGGGCAACUAUGCGCCCAUCAUUGUGCCGCCUUCGUGGAUUGUAAAGCUGCCGACCAAGGGCAACUUCAAGUCCUCGAUACGCGUGAGCAACAAGAACAAUGCCGCCUCCGGGUCAGGGGGCGGGGCAGGUGGCUCGGGGGGCGGCGGGGCAGGAGGCGGAGGCGGGGGCGGAGGCAAGAGCAAGAAGCAGACGCAGCGCCGGCAGAAGGGCAAGGAGGAAAAGAAGGAGCCGCGGGCGUUCAUUGUGAAGCCCAUUCCGUCGCCGGAGGUAAUCCCGGUCAUUGUGUUUAUUAAUCCGAAGUCGGGCGGCAAUCAGGGCCACAAGCUGCUGGGCAAGUUCCAGCAUCUGCUCAAUCCGCGCCAGGUGUUCGAUCUUACGCAGGGCGGCCCAAAAAUGGGCCUGGACAUGUUCCGGAAGGCGCCCAAUUUGAGGGUCCUGGCGUGCGGAGGCGACGGCACCGUCGGCUGGGUCCUUUCCGUCCUGGACCAGAUCCAACCGCCACUCCAACCAGUUCCGGCAGUCGGUGUCCUUCCUUUGGGCACCGGAAAUGAUCUCGCUCGCGCCCUCGGAUGGGGAGGGUCUAUUUUCUUUCAGGGCUACACGGACGAGCCGAUCGGGAAGGUGCUGAGGGAGAUCGGGAUGUCGCAGUGCGUGCUCAUGGACCGCUGGCGGGUGAAGGUCACGCCCAACGAGGACGUCACCGAUGACCAUGUGGACCGCAGCAAGCCGAACGUCCCCUUGAACGUCAUCAACAACUACUUCUCCUUCGGCGUGGACGCCCAUAUCGCCCUGGAGUUCCACGAGGCGCGGGAGGCUCAUCCGGAGCGCUUCAACUCCCGGCUGCGCAACAAGAUGUACUACGGCCAGAUGGGCGGCAAGGAUCUGAUCCUGCGCCAGUACCGCAACCUCUCCCAGUGGGUAACGCUCGAGUGCGACGGCCAGGACUUCACCGGAAAGCUCCGCGACGCCGGCUGCCACGCCGUCCUCUUCCUCAACAUUCCCAGCUAUGGCGGCGGCACCCACCCGUGGAACGACUCCUUCGGCGCCUCGAAGCCCUCGAUCGACGACGGCCUGAUGGAGGUGGUCGGACUGACCACCUACCAGCUGCCCAUGCUGCAGGCGGGGAUGCACGGCACCUGCAUCUGCCAGUGCCGGAAGGCCCGGAUCAUCACCAAGCGGACCAUUCCGAUGCAGGUGGACGGAGAGGCCUGCCGCGUGAAGCCCUCGGUGAUCGAGAUCGAGCUGCUCAACAAGGCGCUGAUGCUGUCCAAAAGGAAGCACGGACGCGGCGAUGUCCAGGUAAACCCCCUAGAGAAGAUGCAGCUGAACAUCUUGCGCGUCACCAUGCAACAGUACGAGCAGUACCAUUAUGACAAGGAGAUGCUCCGCAAACUGGCCAACAAACUUGGCCAAAUCGAAAUCGAAUCCCAGUGCGAUCUGGAGCAUGUGCGCAACAUGCUCAACACCAAGUUCGAGGAAUCCAUCUCCUAUCCGAAGGUCUCCCAGGACUGGUGCUUCAUCGACUCCUGCACCGCGGAGCACUACUUCCGCAUCGACCGUGCCCAGGAGCACCUGCACUACAUCUGCGACAUCGCCAUCGACGAGCUGUAUAUCCUGGACCACGAGGCGGCCACCAUGCCGCAGACGCCCGACCAGGAGCGCUCCUUCGCGGCCUUCUCGCAGCGGCAGGCGCAGAACGAGAGGCGCCAACUGGACCAGGCCCAGGGCCACGGCCCGGGCAGCACCGAUGAGGAUUUGCAAAUUGGCUCCAAGCCCAUUAAAGUGAUGAAGUGGAAGAGCAACAAAGAUCGUUUAUUCAGUUUCAACGAAGAUGUUUUUGGUUAUGGAUUCAGCCCUAUACUGGAGCAAACUUCCGAUGCCAUACUACUAGCAGCCCAGAGCGGCGAUCUCAAUAUGUUACGUGCACUACAUGAACAAGGAUACUCACUACAGUCAGUGAACAAGAACGGACAGACGGCGUUGCACUUCGCCUGCAAAUACAACCACAGGGACAUUGUCAAAUAUAUUAUCGCGAGCGCCACACGACGCCUCAUCAACAUGGCCGACAAGGAGCUUGGACAGACGGCGCUCCACAUUGCCGCCGAGCAGAACCGUCGCGACAUCUGCGUAAUGCUGGUGGCCGCUGGCGCUCAUCUGGACAGCAUGGACUCCGGCGGAAACACGCCCAUGAUGGUGGCCUUCAACAAGAACGCCAACGAGAUAGCCACGUAUUUGGAAAGUAAGCAGGGGACGCAGCCCGUCGACGGCUGGUUUGACGACUAGACGACUGUAGAAUCGCCGCGGGCCCCCUCCAAGUAGAGCAAUCGCUAGACAAGCUUACGCCGUGGGGCUAACUCACGACAAAACCAGACAAAACAAAACCAAACCAAGCAGUGAAAAAAAUUGAUAACCACAAAUACCAGAAUAUCAGUAAAUCAGUAAUCCAAAAUAAGAACGUAAUUUUAACAUUGCAUAUUUCUCCUUUCUAUGCCAACAAAAACAACCAAAAUGGACAAUGUAUUGUAUAUAAUGCAAUCUACCUAAACAAAUCGAACGAUAUCGAUACCGAAACUGAAAUCGAAAUCGAAAUCGAUAACGAAAUCAACUCAACAUUCCACAAACUCACAUCGGGUUUCCGGUUCCGGUUUCGCUUAGGUCAAGAGCGUUUUAUGCAUCUGGAGGUGCAGACCCGGAUCUAAGUGGAGCAUUCAGCGGAGGCACUCAUCCUACGACAAACAUACAUACAUAAUAAUAAUCAUAAUAACGAUAAUGGCUUUUUUUUGGCAAUUUUUUUUGUGUUAGCAUGUACGAGAGAAAUCUAAUUUAAACUAAGCAAAGAAAAUACAUACACAAAAGAACACUCAACACAUUUAGCGCUUAAGAGGACAAUGGUAUGGAAUAAUAACUUAAUUUAUUGUAAAGAAAAGCUAGCGAAACGUAAGGCAACAUUUGUCCGGAAAAAUUUCAACUUUUAAUUACCUUACGACAGAACGAACAAGAAAUGUUAUUAUUAAAAUGCGGCAAUUGCAAAAGAAAUUCAAAAUUUAUUUGUUUCUCUUACCGAUUGAUUAACGAUUAAUGAUUAUAUUGUGAUAUCUAAAUUAAUUAAUGUAUUGGACUAGAGAGCGAGAACGAGAGCAAAUAGAAAUUGAUAUUAGCAGAGGGCUUUUGCUGUACUACCAACUAAGCAAAAAAAAAGUUGAAAAAAUGAAACAAACAAAAAAACACACACACAGAGACACACUAAGCAAAUAUAUAGCCUAUAUAUUUAAUUAUAUAUUUAAUUCUACCAUAUGUACUUCUUUUGGAAUUCAAUCUAGGCUAAGUGAGAACUUGAAUACUCUUGUCGAAACAAAAAAAAAGAAAAGAAAGAAAAUGGCAGAGCAGCAGCACGAUUAGAAGAGAGACGCACUAUGCCCUAAGCGGCUAUUGCUAUCUCGCUCAGACACAGACAAACACACACACAUACACAGUCCCGAUGCACAGACUAGGAUGCACAACCCCCAUAGAUAUACCACCCACUUCCACCUCACCCUCACCCCAAAGAACCCUCAGCGUUUCAAACCGAAAGACUUGGGCCUAUCAAUGGCGUCCCCCCAAAAACGAGGUCACCUGCCCUCAAAGAACAAAAAACUAGACGUUAGGGCAGGGCAGGGACCCACGAAGACUAUCUUUACUAUCCUAAAUAUACUAUAUUCCGUACUCUUUAAUUUUAAACCCUCGUAACACAAAGGAACAUUGAAACACACUCGUAAUAUAGACGCAUGCAUAUUUUAUCAAAAUAAGAGUAACUAUGGAAUACCACAAUAUUAUAUAUAGCCGUUAAUCGAACCAUAUAUGUAUGCUAUGUACAGUAGAGGGCUACUUUUUCUUUAAUUAUUUUCUUUUCUUUUUUGCUUAGAUUCAAAAUUCCGAAUUAUAUAUAUAAUCACAUUGUCGAGUCAAUUACGUUUACCGCGACCCCCAUUAAGGUUUUUCGGCUUAGCUAACUUUAACGAUUAUAGCGAUAAUAAGGAUAGGCGAUAAAUCUCACUAUCGAUUGAUAAGGCACCCGAGAGCGAUAAAGUAUCGAUCACCUUUACGAGGCUUGGCCGAAUGCAGCCCUGUCCCCCCCGUCCAACCACAAUCGACUUUGUUCCUGGAAAACCAUGGCUCUGGCUUUCGGAAUAUCGGGUUGGGUUUGGACCCGUGGGGGCCAUCGCCAGCAUUCCACCCAUCCCGCCCUGUGAGCCACUUCCGGUUUCGGAGGCGCGCUUCCGGCGUGGGUAAUCAUGUUUUGGAUUGCACACGAAGGAAAAUAGGAAAGGAACAAAAAAACAAAUGAAACAAAAAACGAUAGAAAACACAAAAAGUUAAUUACACACAUCGUAGACUGUCGCAGAUGGUGUUGAAGUGUCUUGAAGUCUAACGAUUUUCGAUCCCGGCAUUGCGGGAUCUCGGGCAUGCAGCCUUUACGCCCCAUAAGACGUGCCACCCAUUGGGCAACCGGAAUCCAAAAUCGUAACACCAAUCUACACCGCCUGCGGCAACUAAUGAAUUCCUCAGCUGCGGUCAAAAAAGUGGCGGCACCCUCCCAAGAAUUAAAAAUUCUUUUUUUUUUUUUUUUUAUAUUUUUGUAAAAUAUUAAUAUUAGCUUGCAAAGUUUUAUUUUAUUUAUUUAAAUUAACUCUUUGAAAAUGUACUUUUGAAUUUGGAAAUGUACCAACACUAAAAAAUUGCUGUGCAUUUUAUAAGUUUGAAGUUUGUCAUAAUUUCUUAAAUUCAUUUUUCUUUGUGUUGAUACAAAUACUUCUAUUAGGUAUUGAAAUUAAUUUAAAAAAUUAAAAUCAGUAUUAGAUAAUUUGUUAUUUUUAGUAUUACAUUAAAUUUCCAAAUUUGAAAUACUACCAUAAAUACGGUCGCAGCUGGAAAUCCAUAUGCAGUAGAGCAGAGUUGAGUAAGGAAUAUUUAGCAAAUGACAAUCUAGAGAUUUUAUAGCAAAUGAGCCGAGCAGAAGGCCGAUGAGAGUUUGCUAUCCCCCCUAAACCAUUCACUAUGAACAGAAACUACACGACACGAUCCUUCAAACAGUAAUCGAUAGGAAAUUGAAACUCUGAAACGUUUUGGUUAGUUUUCGCAACUUGCUAUAUACACAAAGCUUCAAGAUGAAAUUGUAGUUGAAGGAUUUACGCGGGAAGGCGGAAUAGGUUAGUGUCAAUCGAGGAGAGCGCUAUCUAUCGAUCUAGACGGGCUAAAUGCUAAAUGAUGAAUGGUGGAUGAUGAAUACUGAAUACAAAAUACUGAAUACUGAGGGCUAAAAUGCAGAAAAUGCUAGAAAAUGGCGGGCAAAGUGCUUUAAUGCACUGAUGCACAGCUGUUCGGAGAACAACCGGGUCCAAGCCAAAACUAUGGAUAUAUUUUCGUGCAUUUUGUAGAAGUUGAGUACCCACAAGACACUAAAACACAAGGACACACCUCACAGGACACCACACACAGAUACAAAACAGAGGACACUAACAUUAAGUGGAGGCAAUUACUGCAUGAUGUGUAUAUAGAAACAACAUAGAUGCUAUAUAUAUAUAUAUAUACAGACAUACAUAUAUAGUAUAUAUAUUUUUUUCGAAUCGUUUAAGUGAAACUUUUGAACAAAAUAUGGAAAAUGAAACGCAAGUCUUAUGAAAUUCUAGCAAGUAAGGCAAACCAAAAUUGUAAAGGUCAAGAUACACAGAUAUGGAUGGCGGAACGAUAUACCUAAAACAAUGCCUAACUGUACGAUAGUAAGCAUACUAUAUACAUAUAUAUUGAUAACGUAAUAAAGCGGAAUUUAUGUGUGUGCAAGUAAUCUACUUAUUUACACCAACAACCCUGUAAAUACACUUACUUUCACUCCAACCCUCCCCGAUUUUCCCAAUUUCCACGAUUUCCCCGAUUUCCCCGAUUCUGAGGUUUAUUUCCAAUCCCAACCCAACCCGAAACUUUGAACAGACAACGACUUUGGAUUCUCCCUUCCACCUGGAUAUACACUAUAUAUAUUUAAUUAUCAACUUACGCAAGUCUGAAAGUAUUUCUAUCGAAGAGUUCUAAACUGCUUAACUGUAAAGUGUACAUAUACCAAAUUACAACCACUCACAAGUCCUAUAAACUAUAUAGAAUUGUAAGAAGAUAAUCCCCAUUAAUCUAUGUAUAUGCCUACAUAUAUAAUAUAUUUACUUUUUUUGAAUUAGUCACUAAGCAUAGACAACAUGAAUUACUAAGUACGAUAUGCACUGCAAGCACUGAGGAAUUUGAUUCAAUUUUACUUAAGACAAACGAAAAGAGAAAUUGAAAUAGCAUUUAGCAAACCUUAAGGAAAACCAACCGAAACAAAAUCUCCAAAUUCUUGGAACAACAAUUAAAAAUUUAAAAAUAACUUUUCGAGCUACAUCGGAAGACAAAAACGACAAAAACUGUAUUCGCUUGAGGCAAUUAUUGUGAGGGAAAGUCGAGAACGUUUAGCAUCUGGAUUGGCUAUGCAGCAUAUUAAAUACUUAGAUACCCAAACCCACAGACCACACCACACAGAUACACGAAAAACACACACGAAUAUUAAAUAUAUAUAUAUAUA